AUGUGCAUAUGCAAUGCAUCCAUUGUUAAUUGCAAGUCUCCCGAAGACACAAUCGAUAUUAGUAAAGUCACCAUACCAUAUCCAACUCUUGCCGGAAGCUCAAAGAUCUGGGAGCAGACAAUACGCGCCGAAGAAACGCUGGUUGCUGCAACACUCUUGCUUGUUGCCUUGGUAAAAGGAUUCAACUCUGAGACAGCGGCACAAUCCUUACACGAUAACAUCCGUAUCAUGGACGAUGUCAUUGUGCAUCUGCUGCAUGACAGCGGACAAGAUGGAGACCAUCGAACACCCAGAGUAGAAGGUUCCGAGUCAAGACUGACUGAUUGUUUCCGCACCACAGCCCGCAUCCGAUUAAACAGCGCCCGCAUCAAGCUGCAUAGAUAUCGGGCCAUGAUGGAUAACCUACGUAUCCUAAGUCGUUUCGACACCAACCAUCGCUCUCGAUUAUCUACUUCUGAUGGCGCUUUGGAGUGUGCGACAUCGUUGGAUGCUGCAAAAGCAGCCAGGAUAUUCCCUUUCUCUGCGGCUCAGUCUAAAGCUGUAUGCCAACAGUCUGCAUCAAAUAUUGUGCAUGGUUUGAAUCAGCUGCUUAAUUCAGGAUCUGCUCUCACUCCUUGCUUCUGCUCUGGUUUGCUUGCAGGAUACACCCUCAUGAUGAUUUCCCACUUUGAUUCAUCAGCACAUGCAGAAGGCACACAUGAUGGAGUGUCGCAGGAGACACGAAAGAGACUUGCAGAUGGCGUCAAGACUGCUAUUCGAGUACUCGCACAUUUCUCUAGAGGCUUUGGUGCCGUAGCGGCUUUGAAAGAUCAACUUGAGAUUGCUGCUAUUGCAUGCGAUCUUGCCGAAGGUGGCUCGUACAACACGGGGGCUGCCUAA